CUUGACAUGGCUACUUUCAGAUACUGUUCAGAAUGCAACAAUUUAUUAUACCCCAGAGAAGAUAAAGAAAAUCGAAAACUAAUGUUUGCUUGUCGUAAUUGUGAAUAUGAAGAAGCUGCAGAGAACCUUUGCGUUUAUCGCCAUGAGAUUGUGCAUGCACCAUCAGAACAAACCAUGAUGUUAGCUGAUUUGAGCACAGAUCCAACACUUCCUCGUGCAAACGUUACUUGUCCUAACUGUGGACAUCCAGAAGCAGUCUUCUUUCAGUCCUCUUCAAGACGAGCUGAUGCAAAGAUGACUUUGUUUUAUGUUUGUGGAGAUAAAAGGUGUGGACAUCGUUGGACUGAUUAA